AACCCCUCUUCCCGACCCUUUCAUCCUCACAAUCUUCUCCCGCCUGCCUCCCUACUCCACCAUUCCCCCUCCUCACUCCCCCAACGCCCCUCCCUCCUCAGUCGUAUCUUCUCUGCGUUAUCUACAGCUUACGGGUAGCGAGGUUGUUUUUGAGACGUCUCAAAGCAGCUAUCUUCUCUGCUACACGUCUGCAUUAUCUACAGCUGACGGCCGCAUGCUGCUGCUGGACGGGGCCGCAUCCACGCGGCCUCCGCAUGCAAAAUUUCACUCUUUUCUUCCUGUCUCCCCAUGCGCUUCCCUCCCCAUGCAGCAGCAUGCUGCUUUGAGACCGCUAUCAACAGCGUACGGCCGCAUGCUGCUGCAGCACGGGCACUUUCAGGCGGACCCCCAUCCGGGCAACAUUCUCGUGUGUGCGGGGGGCAGGGUGGCUCUGUUGGACUAUGGGCAGACCAAGCAGUUGCCUGAAGCGUUGAGGCUGAAUCUGGCUCGCUUGGUGGUGGCGAUAGCCGAUGAAGACAUGCUGGUUGUGGGCUCCUGCUUCAGGGCGAUGGGGAUAGAGACGGCCAAGACAGCAGGGGUGCACCCCAACAGCUUCCGCCGCAUGGCCAUGAUCAUGUUUGAUACCGGCACUGGUAACGGGGUUACCAGCGCCAACCCGUUUGGGGCGGAGAGCUCACUUAAGAGCAAUGCUAUGAAGGCGUUCCCAGCAGACAUCUUCUUCAUAGUGCGCACCAUGAUGCUGCUCAAGGGCCUCGCAACCGGCAUGGGUCUGUCAGUGUCCACCGCCAAGCAAUGGCGCCCCAUGGCCCUGCGGAUCCUGAUGGUCGAUUUCGACUUCUUUGACGCCCAGCCGUCGGAUUACCACGGCGUGAAGGCGCUUCUGCGAACCUUCCUGGACGGCAAGCGGUGGGACCUGCCGGCCUUUGUGGACGCAGUCACCUCGGGAACUCCAGGAGGAGGGGCAGCCAGGGAAGGGGAUGCUGCUGGCGGUGGUGCUAACGGUAGUGGUGGGGGUGGGAGUGGGAGUGUGGCAACGGUGGUGAAAGCAGGGGAUGAGGGGAAUAUUCUGGGGCUCACUGCGUGCCUACCGUUGCUCUGCAAGCUGGAGAAGGGAGCACCAGUGGAGAAGUUCCUGAUUCUAACGCGCAUGUACCGCCAGACGGGUGGCAAGGCGGCAAGGAAGCAGGCCAAGGGAGCGGGGAGCAGUGGCUCAGAGCUGUUCUUUCCCAAGCCAGAGGACGAGCUGCUCAAGAAGCUUGCCACAUCAUCUUAUUCCUUCCCGGUCCAUGCUGACGUCAUGGCCUCCAGACAGCUGAAGGGCUUUCAACACCUUCGCCUAGUGAUGCUCCUUUCAGCAGCACAAGUGCGCAACUUCCUAGAGCAAGUUAAUGACAUGGUUGAUGAAGAUUGA